GCCCACGAAGCACUCCGUCUUCCACCAAGCAGUCCGUUUCCCGUUGUCUUCUUCCUCGCAACCGACGAUCUUCCACCGCCGCACCCGGACGCCUCCUCCACCACCGGGCCGGCGGUGAUCCCGUCGCCUCGCUGCUCCUUCCAUCAUCCACUGCCGCUUGCUCGUCCCCGCCUUGCGCUAACCUCGCUGCGAUCGCCGCACGUCGACCUGGCCCACCGCCCGCGGCCGGCGGCUCCUUGCGCCCACCGCCCCCCCCCCCCCCCCCCCGGCUUGGUUAUCUGCUUCGCCGGGGAAAGACGCUCGGGAGAGACGGGCGACUGCGCUGCUUCUCAGCAUCGAGCUGCCGCCGCUGGUCGUCGCACCGGGGUGCUGCCGAAGCCCGGCUAAGGCUUGUUUGUUCUUCUCCACUCGGACUUCCGAUCGCGCCCCAUUAAAAAUGGCGCAGAUCCCCAACCUUGACAAUGCACCGCUGAAUCUCGCAGCCUUCAGGGAGCAGUCUCAAAAGGAGCUGCUGGGCAUCCUCAAAAGCAUAAGGGGGAAGAAGUGCCUCGUCAUUGACCCGAAGCUUGCUGGGACUCUGUCGCUGAUCGUGCAGACAUCGCUGCUAAAGGAGUAUGGCGCGGAGCUGCGGAUUCUCUCUUCUGACCCCUUGCAGACGGAAUGCCCAAAAAUUGUAUAUCUUGUGCGUUCUCAGCUAAGCUUCAUGAAAUUCAUUGCAAGCCAAAUCAAGAGCGAUGAACCUAAAGGGCUCCAGAGGGAAUACUUCCUUUACUUUGUGCCACGCCGUACUGUUGCUUGUGAGAAGAUCCUGGAGGAAGAGAAAGUUCAUCAGAAAUUGACACUUGGAGAAUACCCCUUGUAUCUAGUUCCAUUGGAUGAUGAUGUCCUUUCAUUUGAACUUGACCAUUCUUUGCAGGAGUGUCUUAUUGGUGGAGAUACAAGUUCCAUCUGGCACGUUGCAAAAGCAAUUCAUAAAUUAGAGUUUGCUUUUGGAGUUAUCCCAAAUGUUAGGGCUAAGGGCGUGGCAUCAACCAAAGCUGCGGAGUUGUUGAAUAACAUGCAACAAGAGGAUCCAGUCAACAUGGAUGAUAUGGGGAUUCCAGAGAUAAACACUGUUAUUCUUUUAGACAGGGAGGUGGAUAUGGUGACACCGAUGUGCUCUCAACUAACAUAUGAAGGCUUAUUGGAUGAGAUGCUGCAAAUUAAUAAUGGUUCUGUGGAAGUUGAUGCGAGCAUCAUGGGAGCUCAAGAAGACGCAAAAAAGGUUAAGGUUCCACUUAAUUCGAGUGAUAAGUUGUACAAGGAGAUUCGAGACCUCAAUUUUGAAGUUGUAGUUCAGACCUUGCGUCAAAAAGCAACAUCUAUCCAGCAAGAUUACGCAGAAGUGAAAUCUACAAAUACUCGGUCGGUUUCUGAGCUCAAGGAUUUUGUGAGGAGGUUACACUCGCUGCCAGAGAUAGCUAGGCAUGUCCAUUUGGCACAACACUUGCAAUCGUUUACUGGAAAACCCUCCUUUCACGCCCGACUAGACAUAGAACAAACAAUAUUGGAGGUUCAGAACUUUGAAAUAUGUUUUGAGUAUAUCGAAGAGAUGAUACACAAACAGGAACCUAUUGAAAAUGUGCUUCGCCUUCUAGUGUUACUUUCACUUACAAAUGCUGGGUUGCCAAAGAAGAAUUUUGAUUACUUGAGGCGGGAAAUACUGCAUAGUUAUGGCUUUGAGCAUAUGCACUUGUUGUACAAUCUGGAAAAAGCUGGCCUUUUUAAGAGGCAGGAAUCAAGAAGCAAUUGGGUUGGUAUUACAAGAGCUUUGCAGCUUAUAGUUGACGUAAAUGAUACAGCAAACCCUAGUGAUAUAUCAUACAUCUUUUCUGGAUACGCGCCUCUUAGUAUUCGCCUUGUUCAACAUGCAGUGAGAUCUGGAUGGCGAUCCAUUGAAGAAUUGUUGAAACUAUUCCCAGGUCCGCACCUGGAUUUGAAAAGAGGUGGUUUGACAAUUAAUUCUUCAUUGGAAGUACUUCAAGGAUCAGGGGCUCAACAGAGUAUCAACAGGGUUGGUCAUCGCUCUCUGGUUCUGGUUGUGUUUAUUGGUGGUGUAACAUUCGCGGAGAUUGCUGCCCUUCGGUUUCUUAGUGCACAGGAAGGAAUGGGCUAUGAUUUCCUUGUUGCAACAACAAAGGUUGUUAAUGGCAACACAAUACUCAGACCAAUUAUUGGCAAUAGCAAAGAGGGGAUGAUGUAAUUAUUUUUUAUUCCUUUUAUUUUAAUGUAAAUUUUUGCCGAGCAAGUUUGUGUACUCAUAGACGAACCCAAGUUCGUGAGGGCUUUCCUUGUUAUGUUGUUCGGCAUCUGGAUGUUAAGGCCGGCGGUUAUAGUUAUGAAAAGGGCCUUUUUUUAUCUCCUGUGCGACUGUAAAUAGGAAGAGACUAUGAAAAGGUCUGUGCGUUACCACGGGUAGCCGAAAGAUCAUUGUAAUUAACAGCUUUUUUUUAAAAAAAAAACUGGAAAAGCAGCAGUUUCUUGCAUCA